AACAACAUCAACAACAACAACAUCAACAACAACAACAACAUCAACAACAACAUCAACAACAACAACAGCUGCUGCUACCGCUGCCUCGCGACUGCUGCGGCUGCCGCUGCUUCUCUGUGCGGAUCAGCAGCAGAGCCACCACCACCACCACCAUCAUCACCACCACCAUCAUCAGCAUCACCACCACCACCACUAUCAGCAGCAGCAUCAUCAUCAGCAGGAGGGGUCACGGGGGUCAGGGUGGCGAUGGUCGCCUGCAGGGGACUCUGGACGCAGCGAUUCUGGAGGUCGCUGCUCGCCGAGCUCCUGGGCAGCGCCGUCCUCGUGAUGCUGGGAGCCGGAGCCACGCUCACGUGGAGCGCACAGCAGCCUCCAUCGCCCGUGCAGGUGUCGCUGUGCUUCGGCCUGGCCGUGGCCGCCAUGGCCCAGUGCCUGGGAGGCGUCAGCGGUGCCAACCUCAACCCGGCGGUGACGGCCGCCCUGCUGGUGACUCGCCGCAUGCCGCUCAGCCGCGGCGUCGCCUUCGUGGCCGCCCAGAGCCUCGGGGCCACGCUGGGGGCCGCGCUGCUGCUGCUGGUCACGCCGGGGGACGUCGCGGGGGCCCUGGGGGCCACACUCGUGAGCACCAGGCUCCAGGUCAGCCACGCUGUGGUGGUGGAGGCGGUAGUCACCCUCCAGCUCGUCCUCACCGUGUGCGCCACCAUCGACGAUCGUCGCUCCGACCUCGCUGGCUCCGGCUCCCUCGCCAUCGGCCUGUCGGUGGCGCUGGGUCACCUCUUUGCGCUGCCCUACACCGGCUCCAGCAUGAACCCAGCACGCUCCCUCGGCUCUGCUGUGGUGUCUGGGCUGUGGGCUAACCACUGGGUCUACUGGCUGGGUCCCAUGCUCGGUGGAGUUAUCGGAGCUGCGACUUACGAAUAUCUCCUGUACCCAACUCGUAAAGUCAAACAUCAACAUCAUCAUCAGCAGCAGCAGCAGCAGCUUCAUCAGCAGCAUCCUCAUCAGCAGGAUGAGGAGCAGACCAACGCUGCUGAUGUAGCGUUGGCCGAUGUAGUCUACGAUUCAUCAGCGGCAGAAGCAACGGUGAAGAUGCCCAGCCCCGAUCAGUAGAGAAGACUCACUCACUCAUUCAUACACUCACUCACUCAUUCACUCACUCACUCAUUCAUCC